CUUCCCUCCCGGCUACUCUUAGCGCAAGCAUCUCCUUGAAGAGCUGGAUACGCCGGCCCCGCCAUUCGCCUACCAGCGCAAGCCCAUCCCCUCCGUUGACCCAGAAACCAUUGACGAGAUCCAAGAGCCCGUCCACGACCUCUACAUGCAAUGCUACUCCGACUCCUGCCGGUCAGCCGAAGCCGCAGACAGGCCUUAUCUUGGUUGUUACUCCCCAUCUUGCCCGAAUGCACGCUCGAGUGUCUUGAAACCCCAGCAGGUGCCCAAGGUGGAGCUUCCGUGGGUCACUAAGCAUCCGAAGAGGGAGAGGAAGAUGAGUCUGUUUUCGCAGAUCUUGGCUCAUCCCUCUGGUGCAUUCCCGACCAAGACUAAGAUUCCGCCAACAACGGUCAUCAGCGCCAUGUACAUGAACAAACUUCCAGCAAAGUCUCAGAUCAAGCGUUUACUUGAGGAUACCAUUUUGACUCGUUACCACCGUUUUAGCGCUCUCCCCAUCGAAGCGCAGGACGGGACUAUCAGCUGGCUGCCAUACGAGACCAUCAACGUGGAAUCGCAUAUGCAGUCUGCAGAGAUCUCAUCCGAGGCGGAUAUCAAAGCCUACAUCGAGAACCUCUUCAAACGCGUCUGGGACUCGACCAAGCCCAUGUGGCACAUUCACCUCUUGCAGAGCACUACGCCCGGCCAGCCUUCAGUCCUGAUUAUUGAAUUGCACCACGUUCUCGGCGACGGCGUCUCGCAAAUGCAGGUCUUGGGCGACAUUGUCACGGACAAGGCUGGCAAACCCUUGACCUUGGAUGAAAAGAAGUUCAAGCGGAUGAUGCAGGGCAACAAACCCAGCCCCACUCUCUGGCAGCGGGUGCAGCGUAAAGCCGUGCUGGCUCUCAACACCGGCGCGGCCGUCGCGAAGGUUCUCUCCCUCCCUCUCCUAUUCGGCGACACCAAGACCUCACUCACAGUCCCCUACAACCACUUCGCUUCCCGCCGCCGCGCCUACGUCCCUGUGCCCCCUCUCCCCCUCGAUGUAAUCAAAGACAUCAAAAACAAGCUCCACGUAACCGUCAACGACGUCCUCCUCGCCAUCCUCGGUGGCGCCAUGCGCUCCUACCUCCUCCACCGCAACGACAAAUCCCUCUCCACCGCCGCCGCCGCCGCCUCGCUCCAGAUCCGCGCACUCAUGCCGUACUCCUUCCCCCGCUCCCUCGACGACCUGCACAACAAAUGGACAAUGAUCUCCGGCCGCGUGCCCGUUGGAGAAUCAUCCCCCGUCGCCCGCGUGCAGGCCGCUAAAAACGCCAUGGAUAAAAUCAAACAGUCACCCGAACCCGUGGUCGCCGUCUUCCUACAGGAAUCACUGUACAGAGCCGUCGGGCAUGAACUCUCCGCACAAACCAAUCUGGAUCUGUUCAAGAAACAUACCCUCAUUUUCACCAACGUCCCCGGGUUCACGGAGGAGAUGUACUUUUGCGGCGAGAAGAUCGUGCAUGUGCAGCCGAUCGUGUCGAAUGUCAUCACCCAGUGCUCGGCGGUCUCCUACUGCGGACAGGUGUUUAUGAACUUUGUGGUGGAUGCGGAUAUCAUCUACGAGUAUGACCUCCUCGCGGACUUUGUGGUUAAGGAGUUGAGGGCGGUGGCGCUGGCGGCGGGUGUUUCGACUGCGGGGAUCCCGGAACUGCAGCAUCCUGGGGAGGGGAAGAAGGCGCAGUAGGUCGUAGAAUUAUCCCUCAUUAUUCCAGUCUUUUGAUAUAUCCCUCAUUCUGCAACAGCCACCGGUUGACGUAGACUUUUACCGUAGUUCCCCCC